GACACCGUGGACCAUGUUUCCAAGACGUCACAGCUAGAACUUUACAGAUGUACAUUUUAUCCGGAUGAUGUUUGAUGCACUCUCACUUCUACGAAAUUGUGAAAAAUGUAACUUUGCGCCACACGACACAAGUAGCCAGGCUUCCCUUGAUGGUUAGCAAAGCUAUCCAGGAUAACCUCAAGUAGAGGAGGCUACGCCACCAUUCCUGGUUCAGUACAAUGUCGAAAUUCACGAGACUGACUUCAGACGGUGAUACCCAGGAAGACGAAGAGUCAAAUCCCUUUUCCUUCAAGGAGUUCAUCAAAAGCAAAGAACAACAUUCAAGUUGUUUAGAAACGGUGGAUACAAAAACUAGUUCUCCAAAACAGAAUACUUUUGCUAGUGCACAUCCAACCCAGCGGGACUGCUCCCUACCAGCAAGAAGCUUUGAUGAAGACCAGUCAAGAUAUUUUGUUGACAAUGUUCCACAAACAUACACAGAGACCAACGCACAAGAAAAGAGUUUUGGGAAUUAUGUACCGGAAGUAACAGAACUGGAGGCGGCAAAGACGUUUGCCUAUUUUGGGUUUAUGGAUGGGACUGCUUGCUCUGAUGGUGAUGUCGUGUUUACAACUGCUUCUCAUUAUGUGGCCAAUCAAGAGGCUUUCACAACUGAUUCACUGCACAGCACCCACGCCAUUGCAGAGGGCGGAAAUAAAGCCAAACUGAAGCUGAAAGAGGAGAACGCUCAGCUGAAGAAGCAGAUUAAGGAACUCUUAAAAAAGUCAGAGGUCGAUGACCAAAGAAUUAGGCAGCUGAGCGAGGAGCUGAAGAAGAAGAAGGUGCAGGAUGAGCAGGAGGCUAGAGCUCUGGAGGAGAUGGUCCAGUCGGUAGAGCAGAACCUUCAACUCAUGACUAAACGGGCAAUGAAGGCAGAAAGCACAGUGACAAAACUGAAACAGGAAAUGCACCAACUCCAGGACCAGCUGGAGGGUCAGAGGGGAGAGUUGGCUUCCAUGAGGACCAUGAAACAGAAUGCGCAAGUGGCUUCUGAGUAUCUCAGCAAAGCAACACAGGACGCUGAAACAUCCAUCAAGCAGUUGUUGACCGGAGCAGAAACAUUAAGCCUUGUGUCGCAGAUGCUCAACUCUAUUGACAAGAUAACUGAGAAUGUAACCUGACAUCAUUUGAUGAAAUUAAUGUUUUCCUCUGGAUGUAAGUGCUUUUCAAUAAUAAUAAUAAUAAUAAUAAAAUAAAGAUUUUUUUCACUUGCCCUUUUAAUCCAUAUUUAAGAUCAUUCUAAGGUCUUUCAUUUUGGGAUUUGAUGUCUUUUUUUGCGUCACUGUGGCCUACCUCUUAUUACUGUAAUAAUGAUAGAGUGAUGCAAAACACAAAUGAGUUUUUUUUUUUUUAAUUAUUACUUUUUAAUUAUUUUUUUUUUUACUAUUUUAUAACUGCCUAACAUGCUGUUUUAAUAAUGAAGAAGCUCUUGUUUGCAAUAA